AUGACUCGAAGUACAUCCGAUCUUCUAACGUUUGGAACAGCAUUCGGCAGAUACAAAUUUAAGCGGAUGCCCUAUGGAAUCCACUCAGCUAGCGAGAUAUUUCAUCUUGAAAUCUCGAAGAUCAUUGCUGGCUGUGAAGGUGCUGUUAACUCGCAGGAUAACAUCAUUGUUUGGAACUUUGGGGAGAAACCAAGGAAAUUCAUGAUCAACGCCUGGAGAAAGUCCUUACAAAAACCCGAGA